AAACAUUCUAUUGCUGUUGAAAUUGUUGUGAUGUGCAGACAUAUUGAAAAGGUUAAAAUAAGCCGGAUUUUGGCUUUGUGGAUUAUAAAUUAAAAAUCCCGACUAAGGAAAGGAUUCGCGCAUGAUGUUAAGAUAGAAUCAACAUCCAUAACAUCAAGAUGAGUGGGAAUAAACGCCCAUCUGAUUCGUCGAAGACGAACAUGGCGAUGCCCAAGGCCCGAAACAUUUACCAGGACGAUGACGCAGGAAAGAUGGUUUUCUUACCGGAAAUUGAUAACCCAAGCAAACAAACUUCAUUUAGUAGAGGCAUCUGCUGUAACGCGCCACCCCUGACGGAUUCGGACAAGAAGAUCCAGCUGAUUAAGAUGCUGUGUCUCACGGUGUUACCAGUACUAGGAGUGUGGUCCUACAGCGUGUACAUGCUCUCAGAUACAAUCUCACUCAAGAGCGAAAACGAGGCGACCAGAAAAGCUUUAGUGUACAGCGUAGAACUGGGGAAGUUGGUCCACCACUUGCAAAAAGAGAGGGACAUGAGUGUUCUGUAUCUUAGUGCUCUACGUCCGGAAACCAAAACAUUUCUCCUGGCAGAAUACAUAGCGACCGACAAAGCGAUAACGAGGCUUCCGGUCUGGCCCGGAAACCUAGAUAAACUUGACAGAACGGAAUUCUCGACUCGCGCCAACUUAGUACAACAUCUUAACCGCAGACGACAGUCACUGACGCCAUCCGAAGUGUACAUUCAAGAUGAGAUCGACUUCUAUACUCGAAUUAUCAAAGUCGUCAUCGUAUGGCUGUACGAUUCAAUCAAUGAAUCGAAAUUUGCUGUCGUCUGGAAAACGCUUGUCGCCUAUCAAAAGUUGACGAGUGCAAAGGAAGACGUCGGGGUAGAAAGAGCGCUUGGGACUAUGUUCUAUGCCAACGGUGGAUUUGAGAACCAUUUUUACUAUCAGAUGUAUUAUAGUCGAGUACACAACUUUCGUGCUUACUACAAGACGGCUCAGUUGUACUCGGAUCGCGUUCGACUCUUAUACUCGUACGUAGUGAGCGAGGCCGGAAACAAUCUCACUGACAUUAUCGAUUCUUUCCGGUCAGAAAUCUUACACAACGUAAAAGAUGGCAACAACACGUUUCCGGAGAUGCAGAAGGCCCGUUGGUGGUUUGACAAUAUGACCAUGUAUCUAGACACUUUAUUAGACGUACAACAAGACUUAGGAGAAGAAAUUCUGGCAAUUUUGGAUACCGUGAUCGAAAAAGUCCAGACUGACUUAGCCGUGAGUGCGACCCUUCUAGUGGUGGUUAUCCUUAUGUGCCCAUUUGUCAUUUAUAUGACGGAAUACGUCACUUCCGUUUUCCAUAAAUAUGCACUAACUCUUAUUGACAAAACGAAAGAACUAGCCCGAGAAAAGGCGCGAACCGACUGCCUCAUUUACCAGAUGAUACCUAAACCAAUCGCCGACCAGGUCAAACACAGCAAAAACAUAAAGCCGGAAUACUUCAAGGUGGUAACUGUCAUGGCGUCCGAUGUCUGCGGGUUCUACAAAAUGUCUUUGGAGUGCUCUGCAUUACAAAUCGUCGACUUGCUAAACACCCUGUAUGAAGCCAUCGACAAGCUAUCGGAAACCUACAACAUGUACAAGCUAGAAACAUUGAAUGACUGUUAUAUGGCCGUGUCAGGUUUACCAGACAGAAAUAAGUACCACGUGACGGAGGUCGCAAACUUUGCACUCCAACUGAUUGACUUGAUAAGCAAGCGCCAGUUCAUUGUGAAUGAAGAUCGCAUCGUUCAAGUGAGAAUUGGGAUCAACACAGGUCCCUGUGUGGCGGGAAUUGUCAAUACUGUGAUGCCUCGUUACUGCGUGGUUGGGGAAACAGUCAACAACGCAGCCAGAAUGAUGUUUUACAGUACAGCCAAUAGAAUCAACAUUAGCCACGGGACUUAUACUGCACUAGAGAAGACGGGAAACUACAUCUUAAAGAAGAGAAACAAACUGGGCAAAAACAGCAUGUACUGGCUCAUCAAGAAGAUAGGCAAUGGAACCAACGAGAACAAGGACUCCAUUAUAUCAUCUAUAUCAUCGGACUCGGAGUCUGAUAAAUCAGAACCCACUCCUGACCAGAGUAACUCCGCGGAGGAGAGUCAGCACGAGGACAUUCCCUUCCCGUUCCGAGCCCGACUUCCAAUGCCAAACUACAACGAAGAUGAUGAUGUACAUCUGAGUGCCAGUAAACAAGACAUGUUCGCAGAAACUCAGCCAAAACCGGAAGAAGUAGUGGCGCCAACUCUCACCUUCCAGAAACCGAAGGACGAAAAUCUUGCAGACCAGAACGAUCUUGCAAAAGAUGCGCAAUACAACAAUGUGAAAAUAGCACUCAACCUGGUAUAGAGAAACACUGUGAAUAGAAACCGAUCACAUUUUGACAAGGAGUCAAUGUUAACCAAUAUGUCAUGCAGUAAGACCUAGUCUUUCAUCUGUUUCUACAUCUUGAUGAAAAUGGCUUACAUGUUGUAAUGUUGUUAAUUUUAUCUAUAACCAGACACUUAGAGUUCUUUGAUAGACUUCUCUACCAGUGUUAAUUAUUUUUGUGAAAUUUAAAGAUGUUUUAAUAUUUGUUCACUUUUUGUAAUAAAACAUGCAGAUAUUUCCCCACUCCAUGUGUCUGUAUUUUAGGUGUGAUAGUUGCAUGGUGUCAGUGUUUUUCUUUUUCUAUCAUUUAAUUGACAAGGUACAGUCUGUGUGCACUCUAAUUUUGAUAAUUUAUUUCAUGAAUAAAUAGCUUACAUUUUA